UUGUUUAGUUACUUCUUCUAUAUAACUUUCGAAAAUUCGAUCUGUAAAGACUAUCUGACGGAAAAGUUGUGGAAUCAAGGAUUUCAAAAUACCAUUAUACCGUUGGUACUAAAACGUGAACAAGUUGAGCCCUAUGUACCGCCGCAUUCGUUCAUUGCCGUUGACGAUUUCAGCGAUGCUGAACAACUUGCAGCCUAUUUGAAGUAUCUGAUGCAAAAUAAAACUGCGUACAUGGAAUAUUUUAAUUGGCGAAAAGAGUACAAAGUAAUUUUUUUGGACGGUUCAGCACACGACAGCUUGGAAAGACCAUGGGGAUUUUGUCAACUUUGUCGGUAAGA